ACACACACACACACACACUCUCUCUAAACUAAAGAGGCGCGGAACCUUUCGCGAGCGCCUCCUGUUUCACACGGACUGUUUAGGAAGGACUCGUAAAUAUCAUUAAAGAUGGCGACGCUCGCGAAGAAGCCACAUGUCGUUGUCGAAGAAGGAGAUGAGGAGGAGUUUGGAGUUUCUGAUGACAGCCUCAGUAAUGAUGGAGAGGAUGGAGAGAGUGGAGCAGGAAGUGACCAGGAGCGGUCUGAUGUGGAAAGUGACGUAGAAGACAGCGGCGACGAGAAUAGAGAGAGUGAAGAAGAACAGAAUGGAGAUGCAGCGGAAAAUCCCAACGCCGGCUGGGCUGAGGCCAUGGCCAAAAUCCUGGGGAAGAAAACUCCGGACAGCAAACCCAGCAUCCUCCUGAAGAACAAAGAGCUGGACAAGAUCAAAGAGAAGCUGAAGAAAGAGCGUCUGGAGAAAAAGAAACAGAUCGAUAAGAAACGAGCGUGGGAGAACAUGUGUCGAGAGAAGCCUAACGUGGUUCAAGACCGAGAGAACGAGAGGAACCUGCAGAGAAUUGCUACCAGAGGUGUGGUGCAGUUGUUCAACGCUGUGAAGAAACAUCAGAAGGACGUGGAUGAGAGGAUAAAGGAAGUUGGGGGUUCAGAGAGAAAAAAGUCCAAAAUUCUGUCCUCCGUGACUAAGAAGGACUUCAUUGAUGUCCUGAGAGGAGCAGACGUGGCUCACAAAGCGGCCAUCAAAAAAGAGAAAGUGCAGCCUGUAGAAGUGAAGGCGGAGAAUUCAUCUUGGAGCGUGUUGAGGGAUGAUUUCAUGAUGGGCACGUCCAUGAAGGACUGGGAUAAGGAGAGCGACGAAGAGCGCGGUGGAGGAAAAGUGGGAAGAGAAGACAACCUCGAGCCCGCUGAAGACUACAGCAGCGAAUCAGACUGAUCCAUCGAUACUGCACGCGUGCGUCAUCUAGUGCACACUUCCAAGUGUUCUUACAGAGACCCUGCACAGAGAGAGAAGAAUGAGCUUCACCUGAUCGUGGGAGAGACACUUAUGUUGCUCUGAGCUCCAUGUUGGUGUUCUAGUAUUUUUGGAGGGCAUCUAGCCGAACCUCUUUUUCUGUAUAUAGAUGUGUAUUUUGCUAAAUAAAUGUUUCAUGCAUCUUGAUUUAAGAAUCGUAAAAUACUUGGGAAUUUUUUUUUUGCAGUUCAGGUAUUCAUUCAGUGCACAUUUUCAUGAAUGCAUUAAUUUGUAGGGUUUUUAGGGGCCAUAUUUACAUGCAUAUUUAUUUGAACGGAGCCGUUUUUAAAUAGUAAUUUUUUUUUUUUUUUUUAUGAACCAUCGCCACAUUAGUAAGGCUGCUUUAUGCAGACUGAAAGAAAGUGUUCAUAACUGCCUUUUUUUGUUGUUGUUGUUGUUUUCUGGGCACAAAUCCAUCUAAGAAGAGUUUCACAAGACUGCAGGUCAGUCAGUUUAACAGUUUUCAUUCGAUGACCUCUUGCUGCGAGCUGAAGUUCCUUCAAGGUUUCCAGGUUGGUCGGAUGCAUUGAUAACACGCACAUUCCCAUCAUCACGCUUUCUGAAAAAUGAAAGGGAUUGCUGUAUAGACUGGAAGGAUGCUGUAACCACCACAGCUGAGAAAUAAACCCAAGUUAUUCGCAA